AGGCGAGGCGGCUGCAGCUGGGCGGGGGGGACCGGGAGAGCGGCGGUGCGCGCACCGGGUGCCGGAGCCAGGAGUCAAUCUUGGGAUGUAAUGCUUCCAUGGAGACACAGAAAAGGAUAUCCGGGGCACUGAGAACUCAGACCAGUGUGUCCGUGGAAUGACCUUGUGAGUUCCCUUGAUGGGCAAAGAUAAUCUGGAUCUGUACUACCUCUCCCUUUAUAUUGCCUUCAAAUACUACUUGUCAACAUAAAGUGACUAGGCUUAAAUAUACAUACCACCCAAAGAAAUCUGUUAAAGUGGACCUCUGACAACAGGUUACUUUAGUCUCCAGCAGAGGUGCAGAAAUGCCAUCGGAGACUGCUGUACCGCCUCCACACCCCAUUCCUCCGGAUGGAGGAUGGGGUUGGGUAGUAGUUGGAGCAGCCUUUAUCUCCAUCGGAUUUUCAUAUGCCUUCCCCAAAGCUGUUACAGUAUUCUUCAAAGAUAUCCAGCAAAUAUUCCAAGCUAGCUACAGUGAAAUCGCAUGGAUAUCAUCCAUCAUGCUGGCUGUAAUGUAUGCAGGAGGUCCCAUCAGUAGUGUCUUGGUGAACAACUACGGCAGCCGUCCAGUUGUGAUAAUCGGAGGGUUGUUAUGCUGUACUGGAAUGAUCUUGGCUUCCUUCAGUAACAGCGUGUUAGAACUUUACCUCACGAUUGGCUUCAUCGGAGGUUUAGGAUUAGCGUUCAACCUGCAACCAGCCUUAACAAUAAUCGGAAAAUACUUCUAUAGGAGACGACCCAUGGCGAAUGGCUUGGCCAUGGCUGGAAGCCCUGUUUUCUUAAGCUCACUGGCUCCUUUCAAUCAGUACCUAUUCAACAGUUAUGGCUGGAAGGGAAGCUUCUUGAUUUUGGGAGGCAUAUUUUUGCACUCCUGUGUGGCUGGGUGCCUCAUGAGACCUGUCCAGACAAGUCCACGUAAGUCGAAGUCUAAAAGUAAAGUUGGUUCAAGACAAGAUGGAAGUAUGAAGAAAGCCAGUAAGGUAUCAACAGCAGAGAAGAUUAAUCGCUUUUUAGAUUUCAGCCUUUUUAAGCAUAGAGGAUUUUUGAUCUACCUAUCUGGAAAUGUCAUUAUGUUUCUAGGGUUUUUUGCCCCUAUUAUAUUCUUGGCUCCAUAUGCUAAAGACAAAGGAGUGGACGAAUAUAAUGCAGCUUUAUUGCUGUCUGUGAUGGCUUUUGUUGAUAUGUUUGCUCGACCAACUGGAGGAUUAAUAGCCAACUCCAAGUUAAUCCGUCCACGAAUCCAGUACUUCUUCAGCUUUGCAAUCGUGUUCACUGGUAUUUGCCAUCUCCUCUGCCCCCUGGCAGAUACCUACCCAGCUUUGGUGGUCUACUCUAUAUUCUUUGGCUAUGGAUUUGGAAGUGUUAGCAGUGUCCUCUUUGAAACUCUCAUGGACCUUGUUGGACCUGCCAGGUUUUCCAGUGCUGUGGGACUCGCCACAAUUGUGGAGUGUUGUCCUGUUCUUCUUGGCCCUCCUCUUGCUGGCAAAUUGGUCGAUAAAACUAAAGACUAUAAAUACAUGUAUAUAGCCAGCGGGACAAUUGUGGUAAUAUCAGGCAUUUAUCUGUUCAUCGGCAAUGCUAUAAACUAUAGACUCCUCGCCAAGGAAAGGAAAAGAGAGAAAGCAAGGAAGAAGAAAUCAGCCACCCAUCCUUCCAGAGAAUCGGAGGCUUUGAGCAGAUCAAAACAGGAUGAUGUUUCUGUCAAAGUCUCAAAUCCACACAAUUCUCCCUCAGACAGAGAAAGAGAAAGCAAUAUUUAACAUGAGUCUCAUCUUCAAUCAGUGUUUAUCAAUUUACUUAUGAGUUUCUUUGUGUUUUUCAAAGUGUUGAAAAGAAUUUUAGCUAAAAGAAAGGAUCACAAACAGUAACGAAACUUGUAUUUUCCUCAAUGACACUCUGCAAAUCAAUAUUUUGACAUUUGUUUGGAUAGGUAAAUUUUGAGAUCGUGAACACAGGAAAUCCAUGCAGUGGCUUAUUUGCAUACCUGACUUGGGGUGUUGUGAUGAAAAAGAAGAAUUUUUAAAUCUUUCACUGACAUUUACUUCUAGCUGUAGAAUGAAAUCUGCAUCCCAGACCCCCCUGGCUUUCGUAAGCAUAUGUCAAUUCCAUAGAAUGUCUCUCUUCAAAGUUCUUUCUUUUUUUUAAUUUGAUAUUGUUAUAAAAUAAAUUGAGGACAGCAUUUCUCUUCACACACAAAGAAUCACAUAUCCACACUAACACUGAGUAUCUGGAGACCAUGAAGAAAUAAAUGAAUUUGAAAAAAAAUAUCAUAGUCAUUUUUAAGUAAAAGAAAACCUCCAGGGAGACAAGGGGAAUGUGUUAUAUUUGUGUACAAUUUUACAGUGUGGAUUUAAAAUAACAGUAUAUGGUGAAAAACACAGUGGUGUUAACCUGGAAAAGUAAGUGACAAGGACUACAAGAAAAAAAUGUAUGUAAAAUAAGUUUGACUUGCAAAAAUAGAGCCCAUUUGCACCUUACUUCUGACCACUCAUGCUGGGUUAAUCUGCACACAGUUGCAAUUAUUGCCUGGUGCUAGAAAAAAGAACAAUCCCCCUAGUAAUUUCUAAAAUUCUUACCUAAUACAUAUAUUUCAUUCAAAAUUUAAUGACACUGAAAAACCAGUUGAAUCCCCUUGAUUUAAAAAGUAUCUUGACCAGCCAGACAUUGGUGGUAUAUGCCUUUAAUCCCAGCACUCUGGAGGCAGAGGCAGGUGUAUCUCUGUGAGUUCAAGACCAGCCUGGUCUACAAGAGCUAGUUCCAGGACAGCCUCCAAAGCUGUCUCUAAAAACCAAAAAAGAAUAAAAAGGUAUCUUAUCUUAUAAUAUACAACUUAAUGAAGACAUUUUUUUCUUUUUAAGACAAAGGCUCAAUCCAGAUUCAAUGUUAUGCUAAAAUACCAAAGCCAAAUAUACUAGAAUCCUAGUUGACACUUUCAAAGUAGACCAGAUCCCCAUUUUUUCCCCAACCAAAGUAGUGACACAAACUUAAUCUUAUGAACAAGUCAUAGGAAUAGAGUGGACAAGAGUAGCGGUAGUUACUGAGCCCACUAAAGUCUUCUAAUUCUUUUCUAAAAUAAGCAAAAGCAAAAAACAAACAAACGAAACAAACCCAAGCCUUGAUUCAGUACCUGAAGAUACCUCAUAGUAGAACAGAGAGAGGGUGAGGAAACACUUGAAAAUUCUACCCACUACUGAUUUAGACUACCUGCUGCCUAAGAUUAGGACGAGAAGAUCGGGACAUUUGGGGGGGGCACGUCUAAAAAUACAAAUUAUGGGGACUUGUAGGUAUAUAAUUUUUAACACAGUAUUGACAUGUCAAAGGAUUGUUGCUCAGGUCAAUUUAUCAUGUUCUCAUUUUCUUAAAGUAUCUGGAUUCAGAAUCAUUCUUAAGACAAUUUGACAAAUCCACAACUUCAUAAUAUAUAAAUAACUGAAAUUAAAUACCUGUAUAGCUCUCAUUUGAUUUUAUAAUGAAUAGAAUGAACUUAGUAAUUUAUUAAGUGAAGCCACUCUGACAGUGUCCUCUUCUUUUUGUCUUAUUUCUUAAGAGUCUACUUAGACAUUGCACUUUUAUGACACUAAUAUUAAAAGUUUGGUUCUGUCAUAACAUUAGCACACUGCUUCAAACAUGUGGUUCAUGGAAUUUGGUUUUUCUUCAUUUUACAUUUGCUUUUUCAAAUAUGAAAAUAUUUCUAAUUUUCAGUUAUAUAAUUAAAACCAAAAUGUGCCAAUACCAUAGGAAAAUGAAUCAGGACAAUAUGUGACAACAUAUGACUUACAGUGUCCACUUCUUUUUUUCUUUACAGUACGAUGUCCUUUUCUUUAACUUGGCUCCUCCCAGUCUUGAAUCAGCUUUCUAACAUGAUUAUUCUUCUCAUAUUCACCUCUGUUUCCAUAAGAAAUCAUUAUAGUCAAUCAUAAACUUCCAAAAAGAAUGUCUUGCACUCAUUGAACUUAUUAUACAUAUCAGACAGCAGAAGGAGAGGAACAAUGAGGCAGUGACUAUGGGAUUUGCAGUUAAAUCUGUGUGCUCUGUCCACCUGCAUGUGGAGAUGCUGCAAUUGGCCCCGUGCCUUCCUUUCUCCUUAGAAAGAAGUUUUGUUAUGUUAAUUGUUGAUGAAUCAUAUCAAAAGCAAAUGGCAUUUCCUUUGCUGUUUCUCUGUUGCCUUAAUUCACUUCCCUUCUAAUGGUUAUUGCAUUGACUUUUGAGGGGGUAGAAGGAUUGCAAAGUACAUGACUUGGCAUAUAGAGGCAUGCCAGAAACAUGUAAGUAUGUAUAUCUACAACAGACAUGUUCUAAAUUAGGUCCUAACUCACUUGAAUCAGAAAGAAAAUCAUAAUAGAAAUGAAACUACUUGUUUGCACCCAUUGAAGUAACUUGGUGCUUUAAUUAAAUCUUUCAAAGACUAUUGGCCUAAAGCUUUUGCUUUUAUAUAAUCACAUCAAUAGAGGAGGAAUGUAGAUAGCACUCUUGUCUGCAACUUUAGGGCUGAAUAUGUUCCUGUCACAAUGGAACAACAGAUUUUAGAUGUUCAAGAUAAACCAAAUCAAUAUUAAAAUCUCUACUAACUCCUAUUUAUUAUCACAAAAGUUAUACAAAGGAACUAAAUUACUCAUAAUUUCUGAUCACUUGCUAGUUUACAUAUUUUACCUUUUGCUAUUUAACCUUAACUAUUUCUUCAUUGUCCAUAAAGAUAUAAAUAAGUGUGGUCUUGUUCUUGCCUAGUCUUUUUUCUAGGUAUUUUUGAAGAGGCAAUGGGGUGGGUAGUUAUAUGUAUCACACUGAAGACAUGAAGCUUUCUCAGUAUAAAUUCACAUGAAUCAUACAUAGAGUUUCCCUUUUUGUUCUGUGUUCCAACCACCUUCACUUCAUUGACCCCCACCAUCCACCUGGACACUGGACAAAAAAUAAAACAAUUCGAUUUGGAAUGUUCAUAAGUAUUCUCUCAGAAAGUAAUUGUCUCCUCAAUUAUUUCUAGCCCUACAACAUGACAAUCAAGAACAUAGAAAAGUAUAAGUAGAAUUUUAUAUAGAUGUUAUAAAUAGUUGAAAUUACAUUUUACCCAAAAUUGCCUUAUAAAGAAAAAAACUCAAAUGUGGAGUAUUUCCAACUUUUAAUAGACUAAUUAACCUAAACUUUUGGCAAAAUUUAAUGGGAGAAUACAAAGUGGAAAAGGAGUUUAGAGAGCUGUAAUAUGCAUUUUGCCUACAUAAUGCCUUUUACUAUUAAAACCAAAGCCAUACUUGGAGUCAUUACUUUGAUAUAAUAGCCUGAUACACACACACAUAUGCACCUGUGCACACACACCUACACACCUUCAGGGAGGCUGUUCUUGCAAAUCACAAAUGAGUAAGACCCUCUGUAUCACAGAUGACAUAAGAAAAACCACAUUGAGAUUGAUCUCUUCAAAGAGGGAUGCAUAAGCUCUUCUGUCUACCAUGAGAAGAUGACAAAAGCAGUAUUAUUUCUGUUCUCUAUGAGAAGUAGAAAAAGAGAAUGUUCAUAGAAGUUGAAAAGUAACUAUUUAGGAUAUGUUUUUUCAAAUAAUGAAAAUAAUUAUUGUACUAAUGAACUGAAUUACUUUAAUCUCAUUAAACUUGAAUAUUUCUUGGUUCCUGGGGAAAUUCUAUAAAUGGGAUAAUCACUGAAAUUCAAACUAUCAUGUUCUAUAGUGAUUUUUCCAGUUUAUAUCACAGGUAGGACCAAAUAUAGGAAAAGCUUAUGUAUAGUAACUUUCUUUUACUCCAACUUCAGGUAAACAUAUUACACACGAGUCAUAAUACAUGCCAUCAUUUAUAUGAGAAAAGUCUUUAUUAAAACACUUUCAGCUAUUAUAUAAUUAUUUUGUUAUCACAAAUAUGAAAACACUCCUCAUCUCGGCUUAAGUGUUGAGAUUAGAAAGGUGUUUGUGGUCUAGAAGACUUCUUUCAAAUGUGGAUUUUUCCAUAUGUAAGAUAAAUACAACAAAUAAAUGAAUCUGGUUUGACAGAACCUAGCAAAACAAAUCAUUCUGUCCUUGGCAUUUGCCUUCUGGAAUUUUCCCAAUAUUUCUGAAAGUGCCUCAGGCCUUAAGAACUGGAAUUAGCAGUGCUACACCACUGUUUUGUACAAUGGUGCCAUCAAUGCAGAUCCACAACAACUGUUUGUGAUUCCAAACAUCACCAGGAUUUUUUUUUAAGUCUUGACAUUUAAUCCUACUGGUUUUUACAAAUUUGACUUCUGUGUAUCUAUACAGCCCCACAUGUUUGAGUGUACAGGUACAAUCCAAGAGACACACAUGUCAGAAACUCUCAUGUGAUAAAAACCCCAGCGGUCUUUGGCACCACACUUAAAUGAACAAUGUACUGCAGCCAUAAUUUUUACUCUUGAACAUCUUCUUUGCUUCGAGUGUUCCUACUCAGGAGAAUUUGCAUCUUCAUACAGUAUUUUAAGGUGAGAAGAUGUCUCUCUUUGCUUUCUUUCCUUUGACACCUUGAUUGACAGAGCUUGAAAAACUUGUGGUAAUGAGUAUUAUGAAUGACGUUUUUACAGGUAUCUCCACUGAGCAGAAUUAAUGUUGACAUUGAACAAGAUCACCCCUAUUCUCAUCCCAGGUGCUUUCCAUGCCUUGCCACCCAUCUCUCGGUCACUUUCUUUCUUACUCUUUAAAUUAAUUUCCCUUUUCCAUAAUGUUUGAAUAAACAUCUUUAAAAUGUUUGUCCUCCCCUUCUGGAAAUUUUCCACAUAGAAUAUUUCCUCGACAGUGGUGAUUUAAUGACACUGGCAUUGUUCUCACGGUCUUUUGUUUUCCAGUCUUCAUAUAUAACCUGUAACAUGGUAAACAUGAUUCAGCAGUAAUAGAGAAGGCCAGUUUAUCAUGAAUUCAUUGACAUCACAGUGACUAAUUUUUCUUUACGUGAUAAAACUGGCUUUUGUUUCAUUUUUUAAAAUUUGAAUGGCAACAUAACCUGUUGAUGAAAUAAGCUUUAUUUGCAAAACAGGCACUGAAUGAAUGACUACGGGUGCAGUAAGGUAGACUGAAUGACAACUGGGGUUUGGUAAGGUACACAUCAUUUUCCUCAGAAAGAUAUCUCACUAAAUUCAGCAUGAAAUUCCAAAAUGUUUGUCAAGGAUGUUCAUCUGGUAGUUUUGUUGGUCAUGAUUUCAUUUUUACUUUUAUAUGCAUAUAAUGCUUUUGGUAGACCCACUUUAUGCACAGCAUGUUCAUUGAAAAAAGAAACUGCAGGUUCCUAUGGGCUUUGCUUUCCUACCACCUGUCUUGUAUUGACUGAAGCCAGAGAGAUUCUGGACUUCAUGAGGUAAGACCUGCCAAUUGAAAUGGCGGUUUUGGAUUGCCAGGGUGUAAUUAUGUUUUGAUUUGUAGCAUAUUUUCUCUCAACAUAAACAAGUAUCAAAAGUUAUGUUUAAUUAACUGAUGACAUUGUCUCGCCUCUCUAAGCUAUUUCUUGCUAGUUGUCCACGUUUUGCAGUAUUAGAAUACAGAUUAAAACUUCUGCUUAAGUGUAUAGAAGUGAUGAAUAAGUACAAGAUGGAGUGUAGUACCCAUCUUUUGACUCCCAAAUGUUUUUACUUCUAUUCAAUAGACAAGGUUUGCUGUCAACGAUGAUGACCUUAUAGAGUGAAUAAAAUUUUUUCUAGAAGCACACUUAAAUAAUUCCUCAUAAUCAUUAUAAAUAUAUUUCUUCAAUCAUACUUUACAAACUAAAGUCUGUAAACACAACUUAAAGAAUAUCUACUUGACACAGUAGAGAGUUCUGCAUUUGCCACAGACAGUAACUAAUAAUGCUGCUGAAUUUUGCACAAUAUAUGUUGUUAUGGUAAUAUCAAAGUCAUUCUAGAGAUACCAGUGUCAAUUGAAGUUUAUCAGUGUUCCUUUAAUUGCCCUUUUUGCCUAGACCUUAUUUUAAAGGGAAGAUUCUAUUGUUUCAUAAAUAAUUGCCAUCAUUGAGAAGAAGGACAUCACUCAUACAAUGUUCUGAUAACAUGAAGAUGUGUUAAUGGAAGUACUAAAGUGAAUUUUAUCAGGCAAAACCAGAUACUUAACAGGUGGCUCCCAACAAUGUAAUUAAAUCUUGAAUGUCAGAGAAUGCCCUUUACCUUUACCUGUAUAGGUAGCAUUUCUAGACUUUUCCUCUUUAACAUACCCCUCCAGACAUCAACAACAACACACCAAAAAAAAUUCAUAAUUAGAUAAAUUUCAGGAAGAAGAAUGGUGACAAAGUCAUUUUGGUAAAGUACAAAAACAGUAUUCUGCACUAGAUACAUGUUUGCUUCAGUGACUGGGGACAUCUACCAUAGGGUCCACUGUAGUGAAGAUGAUCAUAAACUGACAUGGCCCAGGAGAAUCUCGUGCAUAUGAGAGAUCUUCACACCUCCCCAGGCAGGUGUGUGCUGGUCUUACUCAGCCAAACUGAUGCUAUAUAACGAACUGACAUCAUUGUGACAGGGACAGUCUCAGUGGCUGCAACAUUACCUGUUCUGGUAAUGAUAAAAUUGAUAUCAUACUUCAGUCAGCAGUGUCAUAAUGUAAUUUCUAUGUUGGAGGAGAAAUAGCAGGAUCCUCCCAAAUAUUAAAAUUGGAGCUUGAUUUGAAGAGCUUUUGCAUAAAGUGGAAUGAAUGAAGUAUUUUCUAGGUGGGAAAUUAUCCAUUUGUGAAGGAAAUUUUGAAAAAUUUGUUACAACUUCCUGCUUUCUAUAUUUUCUCAUAAUUUUAAAUUGACAACUAAGAUUGUUGAAGGAAAAGUUAGACAUAAUAUCUUGUUAUUAAUAAGACACACAUAAGAUAUACUUUACUAUAACCAUAUCUAUUUUUUGAAAAAAUUCUUGAAGAGAAUGGGCUUCAGAGUUAAUCUGUAAAAUAUUUUCAUUAUAAAUUAUGCCUUAAACUCUACUUAUAAGAUUUCCAAGUACAACAUAGCAUUUUUUCUAUGUAUUGUGAUGAGCACUAAGAAAACCACCACAUUCACAUAAAUAUGGGUAUUCCCUACGAUAGUAAAGAUUAAGCUAGCCUUUGUUGAUACCUAAGAGGAUUCAGUUAGUUGCUUAUACAUGAUCUAAGUCAUGGCUAUACCUGCCUCACCUUUUGAAAAUAGAACAUAAAAUAAGCAGUAUGAAUGCCUGUCAAAGAUUAGAAAUAUAAGAUGAUAAAUUGCUCUUUCACCUUCCUGCAAGUGACUAUACUUUGAGCUGAUCUUCAUGUAUGUGUUGGAAAAUUUUUGAUUAUGUAGCAAUUCCUAAUUUAGGAAAUAAGAAAUGUAGCCGAGCAGUAGCAGAACACACCUUUAAUCCCAGCACUCUGGAGGCAGGUGGAUCUCUAAAUUCAAGGCCAGCCUGGUCUACAAGAUCUAGUUCCAGGACAGCUAGGCCUUUUACACAGAGAAACCCUGUCUCAAAAAAACAAAACAAAGAAACAUACAAAACUGCCCCCACAAAAUAAAAGAUAGCGGGUGUUUUAUGCAAAUGCAUAAUUUAUUUUAGUUAAAUGUCUAUAGAUUAAAUCAAGAGUAAAUUGUUUUGGCAGUAAGCUCAUUUUAAAGAACAGUUCCAUUACUAUUGAAGCACUCAGUUCUUGUGCUUCUGUAGUGUCACAUGGGCACAAUGCCUCAGAAAAGGACGCACUAGAGUUGCUAAGUUUUGCUGCUUAUCAGAACUGAAAGAAAUGCCUAAUUCCUCUCUAAGAACAGGGUUUGCCUGCUGAUUCAAAUAUAUCUCCUAAGUAUUACUUUUUCUUUUAGACUGUAAACUCCUUGUGGACAAGGAUGAUUCUGGAAUAACAACUUUUAUGCCCAACAUAGGGCCAGGUGUACAAUAAUUCCUCAUGAAAAUGAGGGAAUGGAAUGAAUGGACUAGACUGUUGAGAAUCCCAAAGUAUUCUAAGAUAUGGUCUGGGCCAUGAUAGGGGGUUCUCUGACUAGUUUCAAAUGGUAAGAUGGGAAAUGCUUUGGAAUCUUCUGCCUGCUCAGAACUGAUUGUCUUGUCUUGAAGGAUUCAUUUUAAUUUUCUCAGUCAAAAUCCUAUGCAAGUGCUGAGACACGCAGCAGGUAAACUUUGUGGUACUUCUCAAUUAGUUUUACUUUCUUUAUCAAGUCAUAAAUGCUCUAUUUAGGCUUCCUGGGAAUAUUGACAAUCAUUUUGAUUACUAAAGGUGCUACUUAUUUUCCUACAUUGACUUUGAUCAUGAAUGUUCCUGUAGGCUGAUUUUAUGUUUUCUUUUUUAGGGGUGGGGAGCGGUACAAUAAAUUAGAUUAUCUCUUUUCGUCUGAAUUAUGCAACUUGAGAAAAUAUGUAUCUAUUUUUACUCUAUUUUAAUUUUUACUGCUCAUGGAUUUAAUCACAGGUCUGUGCUAUUUAUUAGAAAGUGUUAUUUGUCUGAAUUAUGCAACUUGAGAAAAUCUGUAUCUAUUUGUACUCUAUUGUAUUUUAAUUUUUACUGCUCAUGGAGUUUAUCCCAGGUCCGUGCUAUUUAUUUGAAAGUACAUGCAUAUAUAUUUAUAUGGCAUGUAAGAAAAACUUGUGUGGCUUAUUAAAGUUAAAAAUUAAUGUUAACGUUUAAUUUUUGAAAUGAAAUCUGUAACUGCUUUUUCUCAAGAAUCAUUAAAUGCUAUGCUGUUCUACGCUGAUCAAAACAGAGUGUCCGACUCCAACCUACAUGUAAGGGCACUUUUUUCCUGGAUGUAUAUAACUGAUUAUUGGCUAUGGAAAGAUUAAUGUCAACGUGAAAAAAUACAACCAUCCCUAAUGGCUGAAAA